UUUUUACGUUUCAGGUCCGUUGCUCUGAUUGAAUUAUUGUUCAAUAUUUCCUAAAUAUUCUGCCUGAAUUGAAGACCAGUGAAAGUGAAGUUCGUCGUUUUAGGGUGCGUUUAACGAAAAGCAUUUCAAAAAAUGGUGUUGCGGUGGCUGAUUGCAGUGCUCGUUAUGGAACUAUUGUUUGCUGUGGCCAGCAGCCAAAAACAUCCCAGUCGUUAUCCGCUCUAUUCGGAUCACUCACCUCCUAAACAGUAUGCUGAACGGCCCAGUACACCUGAAUAUUAUCCGCCUGCUGCCGGUGGUAAACCCAACUAUCACAACCCCUACACAGCAAGUUACAAACCUGUACCAGUGGAAUAUCCUGCUCAUCAGCAAAAGUACUGUCCAAACAUCGGUGGUUUAGAGUCUAAAUGCAGGCCGGCUAAAGACUGCGCUGUAUGGUACGAUGCUGUCCGUGCCACUCCAGGAACUGCCUGCAUUUUAGAAAACGGAAAGGGCCAUGGCAUCUGCUGCCCAGAUAUUCCCCUCAACGGUCGUCACCAAGCGCCGUUUAAGAAACCGAAUGCGUGCGACGGAGUCAUCGAGUUGGAUCCUCACGUAGAACAUAUCGAUUUGGUGGCUGUAAACGAAGCUGCUCUCGCUGGCCAAUCUCAAAUGGCAUUAAUGAUAGCAACCGAAAAGCGUUUGGUACAGAAGAAAAUUGUAGUGAGAAAAGGAUCGGGCAGUUUUACGCACAGCUGGGUUUUCUUUCACUCUACAGCAGAUUCAGUGAAAAUCAGCAAUAGUUCAUUGUACGGAGUUUUCACUGUAAUGCAACUAUCCAGAAGGUACCGAAUCAAACCAGAACAAAUCGAAUGUCUAGCAAACCGGUUCCGUUUAAGAGACACCAUUCUAUUCGACACGUGCCCGACCCAUCCCAAUUGCGAUGAGAAAACGUUGGCUUCUCCAUUUCGAACGAUGAAUGGUUCGUGCAAUAAUGCCCAUCCACCUGGACAUACUCCGUGGGGUCUGCCAAAAACUCAGUAUCAAAGAGCUCUCGCUCCAGCUUACGCCGACGGUGUGUGGAUGCCUCGAUUGGCCAAAGACGGUGGCCAACUUCCUCCUCCGCGUUUGUUGUCUCUGUCCGUUAUUCGCGAUAUCGACGUUCCUAGCGAUUCAGACAGCACUUUUGUGAUGCAGUAUGGACAGUUUAUUGAUCAUGACAUGUUGGAAACCAUGGAAUCGAAAUCAGCCGAUGGAUUACCAGUGCCUUGUUGCACGGACGAUGGCAAUUUUCUUUCGGAAGAAGACCUUAGUCAUGGCAAAUGCAUUCCAAUUGAAAUUCCCAAAGACGAUCCAUUUUAUUCCAAAUUUCGCCAACGUUGCAUGCAAUUUGCCAGGUCUGCCCCAUCGUGCAGAACUGACGGCCGACUCGGUCAUGUAGAACAGAUGAAUCAAAACACGCAUUUCCUGGAUCUUUCCGGCUUGUAUGGAUCUGACGAUCAAGUUGCUGCUGAAUUGCGAACAUUUGAAAAAGGCGCAUUGAAAGUGUUGCGACGUGCCCGACAUGGUUAUCAUCACGGCAUGGAUUUGCAUCCGCCCGACAAUGACACUGAUGUUGAUUGUGCAUUGUCUAGAGCAGUGACUGGAAUAGAUCCACCAGAAGAAGUCAAAUGCUUCAGAGCAGGUGACAAUAGAAUUAACGUCACUCCUUACAUGGUUGCCUCGCAAACUGUGUUUUUGAGGGAGCACAACGGAGUUGCGGAUUUGCUGUCCACUUUGAACCCACACUGGGAUGAUGAGCGUCUUUAUCAAGAGGCCAGACGCAUUCUAAUUGCUCAAAUGCAGCACAUCACUUAUAACGAAUUUUUGCCUAUUGUUAUUGGUCGGGCAAAGAUGCAGCAACUUGGAUUGCUGCCACUUCAAUACGGUUUCAGUCGCGAUUACGAUGAGAACGUGAAUCCUUCCAUUUUGAACGAAUUUGCUGCGGCCGCAUUCCGUUUCGGCCAUUCGCUCGUUCCAGGAAGACAAGAUCUCAUCAACCAACGAAGAGUGAAGGAGAGGGACCUCCUUUUACGUCAACAUUUUUUCAAAACGCAAGAAACGUACACACCUGGAAAUCUUGAUAAAUUCCUCAUAGGUUUGGCAACUGUACCCGGCCAAAGAGUGGACAAUUUCUUCACCGAGGAGCUUACCAAUCACUUGUUUGAAGAGGAAGGCAAAGGUUUUGGAAUGGAUUUGGUGUCGCUUAACAUUCAACGCGGUCGUGAUCACGGUCUACCUGGCUACAAUGCAUAUCGAGUACUUUGUGGGCUUCCACGCGCAGAAGAUUUCCACGAUCUUCUCGAUGUCUUUCCUCCAAGGAUUGUUGAGAAGUUUGAGUUCCUGUACGCCAGCGUGGACGACAUUGACUUGUUUAUUGCUGGGGUUUCAGAACGACCAGUUCCUGGAGCUAUGGUAGGCCCCACAUUCCAGUGCAUUAUCGCCGAUCAGUUUUUGCGAUUGAAACGCGGUGAUCGCUUCUUCUACGAUCUUGUUGGACAAACCGGAUCGUUCACUGAAGAUCAGUUAAAUGAGAUCCGCAAAACGAGCUACUCGCGUCUGGUCUGUGACAAUAGCCAUGUCAAAUCCAUUCAGCCACUCUUUUUCAAAGCCGAAUCUGAAUUGAAUCCGGUGAUGGACUGCGAAUCAUUUGACUCGAUUCCUCGCAUGAAUCUUUAUCCAUGGAAAGAGGAAGACACAGGUGCAAGUAUCUGGAACACGGCCGAGGAUGGUGUCCAGUGGUCGGCGAAUUGCGAUUUUGAAGGUUACAACAUUGGCUCUCCGUUAAGUGUAACAGAUGGAGGCCAAUGUGGCAGAAAAUGCAUUGACACGAGAAGAUGUAACGCAUUUUGGAGCAAAGACGGGUGGUGUUCGUUAAAGGAGAUUCCGAAAGGCCUUCGUCAAACAUAUUCUGAGGAUAGCAUAUGUGGAUUCCUUCCAUGGAAACUAUGAUUUUUUCUUAUCUAUUAAGUUCGCAAUUUUGAAAAAAAAUGUCCAUCUUCAAAGUUUAUUAACAGUUUGCAGGCAAACUUUGAUCAUAUGGAUUUUCAAAAAUGAUUGACUUCGUGCGGAGUAGCAAUCAGUGAUAAUCUUCAUUAUGUAUUUCUUAUUUUCGGUAAUUUGACGUGAGGUAGAAGUUA